AUGACCAAGGAUUCAACGACAUUAGCUGAAGAGAAUAUUGAAAUCUGGAAGGUCAAGCGUCUCAUCAAGGGGCUGGAAGCCGCUAGAGGGAAUGGCACCUCAAUGAUAUCUCUCAUCAUUCCGCCGAAUUACCAACUCUCACGUAUGACAAGGAUGUUGACGGAUGAAUAUGGCACUGCUUCCAAUAUCAAAUCCCGUGUCAAUCGUCUCUCUGUAUUGAGUGCCAUUACAUCUACCCAACACCGUUUGAAACUUUACAAUCGAGUUCCCAAUAACGGAUUGGUGUUAUACUGUGGUACCAUUGUCACCGAUGAAGGAAAGGAGAAAAAGGUCAACAUCGACUUUGAGCCGCAUAAGCCUUUGAACAAGUCAUUGUAUUUGUGUGACAACAAAUUCCACACCGAGGCGCUACAAGAAUUGCUUGAUUCGGAUGCCAAGUUUGGAUUCAUUGUGAUGGAUGGCAACGGCACUCUCUUUGGCACUUUAUCUGGCAACACACGUCAAGUGGUGCACAAAUUCUCGGUGGAUCUACCCAAGAAGCAUGGUCGUGGUGGUCAAUCAGCUGUACGUUUUGCACGUCUUCGUGAAGAAAAGCGACACAAUUACAUACGCAAGGUGGCCGAGUUGGCAACUGAUUUCUUUGUCACCCAAGACAGACCCAAUGUUGCAGGUUUGGUGUUGGCAGGAUCGGCCGAUUUUAAAAACGAGCUUGCCCAAUCGGAUCUCUUUGAUGCACGUCUCUCUUCCAAGGUGAUCCGCGUAGUGGAUGUGUCCUAUGGCGGUGAAAAUGGAUUCAAUCAGGCCAUCGCACUCGCUGCUGAGUCAUUAUCCAAUGUCAAGUUUGUCCAAGAGAAACGAUUGAUUCAAACCUAUUUUGACGAGAUAUCACAAGACUCGGGAAAAUUCUGCUACGGAUUGAACGAUACCCUGGCAGCUCUUGAAAUGGGUGCUGUGGAUCGGCUCAUUGUAUGGGAAAACCUUGAUAUGAUGCGAUACGUGAUUCGUCGCCCUGAGCAUGAGCUUGAAGAAGUGGUGCAUGUGGAUCGUGACCAGGAAGAAAAUGUGCUUUCAACCAACAACGAAGCCGAAUUGGUGGAUUCAAUGCCGUUGCUUGAAUGGUUCACUGAGACAUACAAAGAUUAUGGCGCUACGUUGGAUUUUAUCACCAAUCGCUCCCAAGAAGGCUCACAAUUUGUCAAAGGAUUUGGUGGUAUUGGAGGAUUAUUGCGUUACAAGGUCAAUUUUGAGCAACUCACAUACGACGACUCUGAGGAUGAAUAUGAAAGCGAUUGA